UUUGCUGUCUAGCUCAUGAUGAAAAGCGCAUGAACAGAAUCAGAGACCUACCAUGGAAAAUUUAACAUGAGUUAGUAUUGAACAUCGAUUGACUUUCAAUCCAAGUGAAACUAAGACACAGAGAAGAUAAGAAAAAGAGAGAAAAAAACUUUAUCAUCGAAUUUUUUUCUCAUACAAAAUCAAACUCUCUCUCUCUCUCUCUCUCUCUCUCUCUCUCUCUCUCUCUCUCUUAUUCUCACUCUAUUUCCUUAUCCCAUCACCAUCUGACUCCCAGCUACAUAUAAAUCCAUAUGACUUAAAUAUCUUCAGUAUUAGUUUCAACUUACAAUCUUCACCUCAAACAUUACGAUGAUUCCAAUUGAUAUUCAUAACUUUUAUCGUUGUUCAUCAGUGAGAAUUUUGUUUUAUCAAUGAUCGUAAAUUAAAGGGAUGAUCUUACCCACUGGUGGAAAAAUAAAGACAAACUAAACCUUCGUAAAGGAUUUUUCUCCUUAAAGUUAUUCCUUUGAAUUUCCUCAGAAUUUAUCAAAAGUUUAUCCCUCACCUUGAUUGCCUUACCUUCAUCUCUCUCUCUCACCUCAUCAUCCAUCUCUUCAUCUUGACCAUCAUCAUUGUCCAAUGUAAACUUGAUAAGCUUAUGUCAAGCAAAUGAAAUACCCAAAGUGACAUUGAUCAAGUUGUAUCAAGGAUUAACAACAACAAUAACAGCCCAAAGUUCAGUGUAUGUUCAAAGUUUCAACCGGGAAAAACUCACAACUCACCCUGAAUUCAUAAAGCAAAGGAAAUAACAAAAAUUGACCUGAUUUCUUUGACGAUUAACGAUAUGCUCAACGGUGAUAUUCAACCUUCAUCUUCAACAAGUGACCUAACAACAAUAUAUUCAGUGUUUUCAUCCUCAUCUCUUGACCAUUUGAACAAUGUAACAUCCGAACUGGUCAAUCAAUCAGUUUUCACAAUCGCUAUCUCAUCGGCUCUUGGGGUACUCAUAUUGAUCACAAUUCUGGGAAAUAUAUUUGUAAUCUAUGCGAUACUUUUUGACCGUAUAUUACGUCGGGUGGGUAAUUACCUGGUCCUUUCAUUGGCUAUAGCUGAUUUCAUGGUUGCCUGUACAGUUAUGCCAAUCAGUGCUUUCUAUGAGGUGACCAAUGAGUGGACCUUUGGCUCUGUUUUAUGUGAAAUUUGGACCUCAGCUGAUGUACUUUGCUGUACAGCAUCAAUCUUACACCUUCUUGCCAUUGCUCUUGACCGUUACUGGGCAGUUACCCGGGUCAACCAUAUACAACAGCGUAACCUUGCCCUUGUUAACAGGAUGAUCGCCGCUGUUUGGUCCGUAUCAUUACUCAUCUCAUUAGCACCGAUCCUUGGAUGGAAAGAUCCAGAUUUUUUGAAACGAAUUGAAACUGAAAAGGUUUGCCUUAUAUCUCAAGAUAUUGCAUAUCAAAUAUUUGCAACAGUUUCCAGUUUCUAUGCUCCCCUGGUAGUUAUCUUAUUCCUUUAUUGGAGAAUCUACAAGGUUGCCAAAAAACGAAUUCGCCAUAAACCAGGACGAAACAUGACAUCGAAUCUUCGUCAUGCAAACGCUUCGUUAGCCAAAAGUGAUACCAAUCGAUGUAAAGAAAUGGACUCAACGAUCAUCACAAGCGACGAUAAUAAUAAUAAUAAUAACAGUAAAAACAAUAGCGUUCAUUGUAAAAAUAAUAAUAAUAGUGCUAAGGAUUUGAGCUGUUUGGGAGAUGAGAUUAAAUCAGAUGAAAAUGGUAACAAUUUGGGGUCAACCUCGAAUGGUGGUUAUCAUGAAAAUUUACACCAAAGUACGGAAACAAUUAACACCACGAAUGAGGUUAAAUUAAACGCCACUGGAUCAAUUAAAAGCUCACUAAUUAUUAAGACAAGCGAUCCAGGGUCACCUAAUUCAAAGACUUAUUGUCAGGUGAAUAAUCAUCAAAAUCAUCAUAAUCAUCAUCCAUCACCUUUACCUGGAACCAAGGAAUCGCUUGAGGCUAAACGUGAACGUAAAGCGGCAAAAACUUUGGCCAUUAUAACGGGAGUUUUUGUCAUCUGUUGGUUACCCUUUUUUAUUUUAGCUCUUAUAAGGCCGAUUUGUGGUGACUCAUGUGCCCCUCCCAAAACGGUCCAGAGUAUAUUUUCCUGGUUAGGUUUUACCAAUUCGACUCUUAAUCCAAUAAUUUACACCAUUUUCAGCCCAGAAUUCAGGACGGCCUUUCAGCGUAUUUUAACUGGUCGCCACUCGAGGGCUUCUUGUAAUGUGUAAAUUGUAACAAAAGAUCAAACUUUUAACCGUUUGAUUAAAACAUCAUCAAAAUUGAUUACAAUUAACAAGUUUAUCUAAUUGUAAAUAUAUAAAUCAUAAUUAUAAUGUACGUUAAAUGUUA